GCGACUCGUGCCAUGCUUUGCGACACCCCUCCUUGACGCCAUUCCCGUUUCGGCGCCCCCGACUCCUCGCUCCUCCUCCUCUCAGUGUCGUGGACCCGAAGCGCCACCUCUGUGCGCUUCCCUGGCCCGUGCCUGUGCAGUGGUGCUUGCCACCCCUCGGGGAGGAGGCGCCGUCCUCCCUGCUGCACGUCUGGGCAGCCGUGCUGCUGUCGACAAGCGUCGCUCCUCCUCCUCGCGGGAGGUGUCCGACCACAAGGCCGACGUGCUCCACCACGUGGCGCAGCACCGCGCGGCCUGGCUGCCGCAGCUGGCCGCGCGCGCGGGCGGCGCGGCCGCCGUCGGGCCCCUGCGGCCGGAGGCCGUGCUGCUCGUCGACGACGAGAGGGCCAACUUCAGGCACUACAAGGGCGACGGUGCCGUCACCGAGGCUCUCCGCUGCUGCAAGGUGCCCCGCUACGACGACCUCUACCGAGAUUGCGGGCCGCUGAACCAGCUGGGUGGGCUCGGCGCCCACAGCGACGCCGAUUACGACUCGGUGCGGCGCUUCGUCGAGGAGCCGUGGGAGUUCCCCUCCCUGGACACGCAGUUGUCCUUCGUGGCGGCCGACCUGUCGGACAACCACGUCGUUGCCGUGGAGUCCGAGGAGCUGGCCCUGCUGCCCCGGGAGCGCGGCCCGAAGACCCUCUUCGGGCGGCGGGCCCCCGUCCGGCGGCCAACCCGGGGCUCCUCGGGCCUCCUGGGCCCCGCGGCGUGCAGCCUCGCGGGCUGCCUGCGGUGGGCGCGCGGGGUCUGCGCCGCCGGCUGCGGCGCGCUGGCGCCCUAGC